AUGCUAGAAUCAAAGGUGGUCCAACCGCGACAAUCUUACUCAUGCGCUCUCAUUGAAUGCCUCACACCUCUCAGGUCUGCCUACGAAGUUAUUCAGUAAAUUUGAACGUGGUCAUUCUACAAAUUUUUGAGCUCAUCCUCUUAACUAUUUACAAUUGCAGGCAUCAGCAUGAAUGAUGUCCUAUUUAUUCUAGAAAACGGGUUAUUUUUGUUGGCUAUAAUACUACCUCAUAGGUUCUAAAUAAAACAAUUUAUUUACUUAUAGAUGUUCGUAAUUUGCAAAAGUCUUCAGUUUCUUACGUCUCAUUACGUUGCCGUCAUUUUAUCACCAGUUCCGAUUUAAAGGUACCUCAGGAUACAUUCAUUGGAACUUAAGACUGUAAUCAGUCUUGGUAUUCUGUGAAGGUAAUUAAUCUCAAACUCUUAUUCUCUCCGUAGCCUCUGACCAGCUGUCCAACUAAAACGUCUGGGCUAUGGGCCUCAACCCCCCACGUUUUUAGAGUUUCUUCUAUUGCAGUACCAUUCGAUGUCUGGUUGAUGCAUAGAGGUCCUGAAGCUAUUCACGGGAAAUUUCACAAUGUGUUUCCCCAAAUAUCAUGUUGUAUUUCUGUCUUCCUAAAGUUUACCUAUAUUGGUACCACCAUAUCAAAAUUGCAUUAAUUGUCAUAGUUCCGUCUCAUUCCGCGUCCUUGUCAAGUGCUAGUUUUCGCGAAUUUUCCCGUUUCGGCCUAAAUCAUGUGUUAGGAAUUUGUCCACUUUCACAUUUGCCUUUUUAAAAAAAGGGUCUGCGCCUUUUUCUCCGUCUAUGCCCUCGGGCUGCUUGCAUUAUACGCAACUGCAUGGUCAGAAAGGGAAACGAGCGGGGCUUCAAGAAAUGAUGACCGCGUGGAGGUUAUUCGUAAGCAGUGGCUCUCCAACUUCUUGGUGAACGUGGCCGGAUAUGCUUUCAUCUUGUUCCCUUUGUUAUUGCUGAAAUGGCUGGCCGAACCCCUCCUGGAUUUGUGGCAAUCAGACAAAAGUAAGUCUUUAUUACGAUACGAACAUUCAGCUCGAUUUUCAGCUUGAAAAAGUACUUUGGAUCUUUCCCGUGUUCACGUGUUGGUUAAGUGCAUAGGAUCAAACCUCAAAGCAUGUGCGUGCAAUCCUUUGGCACCAAAAUGCAAAUGCAAAUCGGUAGUCACAAUCAAACGGCUAUUUACGAUUGUAUUCUCCGCUUUUCUGUAAUCCUUAUACCAGCAGUUUAGUGAGGCCACUGACCGAGUUUGGUGUGCUUUGGGUAGACAAGAUUGUCUGAUUAAUAUGCGGACUGGUAGGAGAAUUUGUUUCAACCCCAAGAGUCUAUAUACAUCUCUUCUAAGUCUUUACAGAUACAGAACGGUUAUAUCCUAGGUAUGGUUGUAGGCUAUGUCCACAUUUAUCCAUAAAAAACAGUUUUUGAUAACAGUGUUUUUGUGCAUAUUUACUUUUAAUUGUUCAUACUUUUUCAGCUGUGUAGUCUUUUGGAAUUGGUAGCGAGAGAAAAGUCCUUCAAAUGUUCAAUCAUUCCACGCUCGACAUUGAAAAUGUUGAGGUUCUUAAGACUUGUGACUAACCAACACUGAAAAUAAAAUAAUAUAUUCAAACGUAACGUUAAUGCGGUUUCUUUUAAUACAUGCUAGCACUAAUAACAGUCAUUUCCAAGGCCAAUUAAAAUAGAAUGCACGCUUCCACUUAUUUCCAACGUAAAAUACCGCACAAAGGGCAGUCAAUUUUAGAAGGCAGAACAAAACGAAGUUUCUACAUUCUAAGUUGUUCGCCAUUUGUUCGUCCUACCUAUUAGUUUUUCACCCACCAGGCCGCUUUUCGUUUACUGGCAUGUUUUAAUCAUUACUACAUGUUACAAGGUUCGGCGUUUAGGGGCUCUUGUGUGUUAUGGAAUUAUCCCAUUUAGACAGCUUGGAACUGUUUGUGCGAAUGGUGUCAUGAGCAUAUUAUUUGGGGGGAUGUAGGGAACUUUAUAUAACGAUCGUGGUAUGCAAUAACAUGAACCAGUGGCUAAGACGAGCCCAUGUUUCCUGGCCUUAGGUAAACGUUCGUAAGCCAUUGCCUGCUCCAAACUCUACAGUUCCUUACAAGGUCUUCUGCUGUCUAUACUGUCUUUGUCCCUCGGCAGCUUACAAAUACUCCACUACGCCACCAUCAAUCAGAGCCGUACGUACUUAACGUGGACAUUCUUUGGGUGUAGGCCCCUGAGGCUCUUUUGAACAGUCACCAAAAUAUGAUAUUGUUCCCCCCCCCAAGGUCGAAAAUCCUUCACUAAGAGACUCAUUCCACCGUUGAUCGUGUAACUAAACACGAGUUCUGACAAGAUUCCAAUUUUCCUUUUAGUCAGCUAUAAAGCAGUAAAGACGCUAAAUUGCACUACAGAAUCAAGCUUCUAAACUUGGUAUCCGAAUUUUUGACACAAAAGUUUCAAUUUUUCCUUAUGAUACUUGCAUUUGCGGAUUUAGGCAACAGGAACAGCUUACGGUAGUAGUCGAACAGCCUCACUUUAGCGUUUAGAAACGUCCUCAGGGCAGCUGGUUAAUACUCAUCGCGGAAUUUGGAUUGGCACAACCAUGACAUAAAAAUCACCGGGUGGUUCAUCGCAGAUGCCUGCAGGCUCCUGUAUCCAAAAUCAUCGAAUCCUUGUUCAAAAUUUAUUUUAGUAUGAUGGAUUAUAAUCUGUGCUUGAAUGCUAGUUAAACACACUAAUCAAAAUUGACUCGCCGUCCUUUAGAAUGAUCAAAGUUAUUAUCUACUAGAGUUUGUUUCUUGCUGAUUUUGAAAAGCGAAUCUCUUCUAUGCGUCUGUUAGCCAGUAGGUUUUUAGCCCGACACAGCUUCUUUUUUCUGCUUUGUCUGCUCCUAGUCCGGCAAGUGUACGCACCAUCUAGGUUUUAAACAUUCUUCAACGACUGCACAUUACAUCCCUAGAACUGUUGCGCAUGAAAUGUAUUUUACUAAAUGUAUAGCUAAAUACUAGUCAUAUUCUCUUUUAUAAGGCAGACUGACUCGCUGGGCCAGGCACUUCCUAUACGUUUGUUUCUCAAAAAACCGAGAAAGUGAUUGCGAACUGCCAAUUUCAGCGGCUCCUCUUUCCGCUUCAAAGCAUACCACCUCCCCGUGCUCAACUCGCUGCGUUCAAAAACUUGACCGAUUCAAUCAAAAUCAUCCUUGGUUCCUACUUGCCUCCUAUGCUAUCGGUCUAAACGUGGCUUACGUCGUGUGGGGAGUUGUUCAGGUUAGAUGCCUUUGCUGUACCUGUUUCAUUCCUCCGCCUUUAUAUGAGGGUGAGGAGGGGUGGUUGUCUGGGCCUCCAUUAACAACCUAGGCGUUUACGCGCACCUUCAGAUUGCACAGGAAAGUAAGGGCACGCUUUAUAAUAGCCCUUCAAAUAAGAAGGCGGCUAUCUGCUUCUGGAAUUUGCUCCGAAGUCCGACGCGGCUGACAGAAAUGCACCAUGUGCGUCCCCGAAUGUUUCUGUAGUGCCUUGUUCAUCACCAUGCUUUGAGAAUUUUGAGAUCCUUAGUCCUUCCCUCCUCCCUUAAAUGAACCUGCCGUGACGUCAUCUUCAACUGCUAUACUUGAAGGAAGUGUAUCUUUCGGCUUAGAAAAUGUUUGUAAUCAUGAGACUUUUUAAAACCGUGAGAUGUUCAUUCAUAUCAGAUCGUGUAUAUUUCUUUGUUGAUGCUACUUAGUAAAUACGUAAAAUGGCCCCUGUUCAGUGCAAAGUUUUGAACCCUAUAUGACGAAUUCUUAAAGCGGUAACCAAGUGUAUGAUUUUCCAUACGCGGAAGCUAUACAGCGUGUAGUUUGGGAACCCUGUGUUCAAUCGCAACUGCAGGUCGGAUUCAAAAUUAUUCGUAAAUUGAAAACGCCUAUUAAAACCGAAAGACUACCGUUUUUCAAGUAUAGGAUUUGAAAAAAGACGUACCUUACAGCAAAAUCAGUACAAGAAUAUUUUCAUGCAUGUCUUCUAUGAAAUAUGUCCGAACUUAUCGGGACAUCGUGCAUCAAUGGGAAAUACUCAUACUACCCAAGUAGUCACCUUUUACCGAGUAUGGUUUUUGCUGCCGACCGGACAUUAAACGCCGGCUUCCUGGAACGACUGAAAUGUCUUGGGGUUAAUUUGAACGGUAAUCAAUCUUACGGCCCCACCUAAGCUAUCCUUCCUAACGGGAAACGCAUUCCAGAACUUCCGUUGAAAUUUCAUGAGAUAUGCAAACCACCGUAACCAUUAUAUGCAUGAUCUUGUCAGAAUUAUGCGUUUCGUUAAUUUUGAUGGGGAAUAACUGUUUUCUCACCGUCCUUCUGGCCGUUUUCCUACAGGAACGAAUCAUGACACGGUCCUACGACGGCGUACGUUUCACAGAACCGCAGUUCCUCGUUCUCGGCAAUCGCUUGGGGGCCCUAAUGGUGUCGGGUUUGGGUCUCUUGCUGCUGGGUCGUUUUAUCGAGCCGGCUCGGGGCACAUGCGCCCUCCCUCCCCUUAGCGCCUACUCUUUGCCUGCUCUCACCAACAUUAUCAGCAGCUGGUGUCAGUACGAGGCCCUUCUCUUCAUCAGCUUUCCAUUGCAGGUACUGUCCAUGUUCCUACCAGAUACCGCACAUCUGCUUCUAUUUGUUGCCUGUGUUUUCAGAAACACGGGGAUCUGCCGUGACCAGCACAUAUUUCAGACGUAUUGCUCAUAAGCGCAGAGUAGAUGGUACCGCUCAUUUCGGUCACUCAGCCGUACCUCAACCAAACACUCUGAGAAAGUGAGAUUUCGGUCGAAGCCGGUUAGUUGUGAAGCAUAUGUGUCAAACGCUUUACCGUUUGAAUUAUGGACUCACUUCCCAACCCGUCACAGUCGAGAAUAUUCUAAGUCACACUGGAGUGGUCCUUAUUCUACCAUGUAAUUAGAAUAUUUUUUGUCCGUCCGUAUAUGGUGUUGAAUAUCCUCGAUCUCAGCCAGUAGGUUGGUGUCUGUCGUUCUACCGGUGGUUAUUUCAAGUGCGGUGCUCUAUGACUAACUGCCACGGGCUCAACUGCUUGGUAUUCCUAGCCUGGAGUGUGGAUGAGGCUAGCUGAUGACUGUAGAUAGGCCAGAAGUGGUUAUUCCCAUCUACUCUGUUAUUGUCGAUAUAAUUUGUUGAAUCCUGGUUGCGUAUACAUAUCUGCCUGCAGAUGCUCUCGAGCAAGACGGAAUCGCCCACGUUCCGCUCUACAAUAGGCAGAGAUCGAUUAUUGCCAUUGCCACGAGACAAAGGUCUGCUACGGAGUGUUUAAUAUUCGGACUGCAAGUCAUCGUGCUAUGUUUCAAGAAAUACCAACAGAGGCCGAUCUGUUAUUAGUCUGUCUGUAAAGUAUAGCGAUGACUGCCAAAACCUCGAAGAGUAGUUUUCACUUUCAUAGACGUUUUGACAGAUUUUGAAUAAGUCAUAUUGACCCAACUGUGAAAAACUCGGCACCUCGGUGGGAUUCGAACCCACGCAGUAAGGGGAAGGCUUUAGUACGACCAACGCUCUAACCACUUGAGCUACAAGGCCCCACAGGACGAUGCGAAUUUAAUCACAUUUGGGUCAAGUCACUCGCCCAACCUACUGCAACGUCUAGAAUCCACCAAAUCAGAUACAGUACGUUGACUGCCCAGGCAGGAUUUCCUUAGUACUUCACCUAGAAUCCACCAGAUGACUACUAGGCUUACGUAAUUCAAAAUCUGCCAUCUUGUGGAUUCUAGGUGAAUUACUUAGGAAAUCCUGCCUGGGUAGUCAACUUACUGUAUCAGAUUUGGUGGAUUCCAGACGUUGCAGUAGGUUGGGCGGCUAACUUGACCCAAACGUGAUUAAACUCACUUUGUCCGGCGGGGCCUCGUAGCUCAAGUGGUUAGAGCUUUGGCUGUACUAAAGCCUCUCCCUUACUGUGUGGGUUCCAAUCCCACCAAGGCGCCGAGUUUUUUUACAAUUUGGUCAAUAUGAGUUUUCACUUUCUCAGAGGCCGAACUUCAGUCUCUUCCCCACACCCAUCGUAUUGCCAACGGGAAGUGGGCCUGGUCACGGUGACUGGUUCUGCUCAAAGCCUCCUUCCCUGGCUUGCUACAGUAUUCCUGCUCUGCCCCAAUAACUACGGCAGUACCCGCGCAGAAGCUCGGGAGAGCUCGCUGAGAGCUGGCUGCCAAGCAGGGCUAGGAUGCAGUGGCCAAUUCUCCCGUAUUCGGUAUCCGUGGCUGGCGGAGUGAAUGGGUUGAACACUCCAGCUCUGCCUCCCACACUGAUCGUCAGGCGCGUUGGGACAUAAUUCGCGACAUCGUUGAGGCCGGGUAGACCAGGCCUGAUCACAACUGUACUACGUACGAGUACACUUAAGGACCAGUUAGAGUUUGACUUCAAAGUGGAUUGUAAAAACCAGCCAACUACCAGCAUAUGGCUCCACGCUUUUUCUUCUGUGCUGCGUUUGUUUCCUGUAGAGAACCAUGAAACCACUGGGGUAGAACUGUCUCUCACUUUUAAUCAUUCUGGACACAGUAGGCCGGAGUCCACAGGUUUUUCUCCACUAACGGCCUAGGCCCUCGCCUGAGAUGCGACCGAAAAGACAAAUUUGGAGAAUGGGACGCCAACACUACUGAUUGAAUACUUCCGGGGGUAGAAUACCGUCUGAGUCUGUGGGCCACACUUCACAUGAAUAUAGGACUGCAUUGACAGGACUUCUGACUGAUCUCAUGCCGGUUUCGGUGUUUCCGACGGAGGUGGCAGGCCUUUGCGUCUGGUUGAGUCGAUGGUGGACUUCGUCUUUACCUUGCCUCGUUUCGUAGAAAGUGCGACCUGGGGUUGCAGAAGUAGCCCAUCAACUCAAAAGCCUCACUGUGUACUGUGACCAGGCAGAUAUAUUCAAUUAUGAACCCCCAGGUAUUUGUCUCUGUCCGAGUGGAAUUUUUUUAUGGCUUUCUUCGCCUCCCUUGGCAAACUCAUCAGCACUACGACCCACUGCAACAUCAAGUUUGCCUGCCAGUGCGUGAAAAUGAAGCUAUUCUAUCGGCUGCAGUAACCAAGAGUCCCAAAGCUCGUAGGCAGUAAACCCCCCAGAAGAGGUGUCGGGCAUACGUUUCUAUUUUCCAUGACCCCACUGAUCCCGAGUAAUCAAUGUGUAACUCAGCGAAUAAGUUGGCAGUUCGUCUGCAGGAUUGGAUUGCCGCAAAACCCAGGUUUGUCUGUGACUUUCAUCCAAUCUACUUGUAGCAGGCGCCAGCAUGAAGGUAACUGUCAUACAGUCGGUGAUCUAACCCGCGAAAUAUGCCUAACUUGGCGAAGGAUCAAUAAAUAAUCCGAAAUCAGCCCGAACGUAUCCACCAAAACACCAAGGUAUUAAUGAACGACCUCCGGCCAAACAUAAGCGCAAAAUAAGUAUUCCACCUAUUGUUUUGUUCAUUAGAAAUAACAAUUGUCUCGAUAAUCCGUGACAAGUUUUAAAAGAGCAUAAUGCUUGUUCGUCUAAAUAAUUGACUAGAUGAUACGGCGUGAGCACAGUAACGUUUAAAGAAUAAUUGCUUACCACGUCAGAAUUGACGGACUCCAGACGUUGCAUUUGGUUGGGCGGCUAACUUGACCCAAAUGGGAUUAAAACUCGCGUCGUCCGGCGGGGCCUCGUAGCUCAAGUGGUUAGAGCGUUGACUGUACAAAAGCCAGCCCUUUACCGCGUGGGCUCGAAUCCUGCCGAAACCACCGAAGUCUUUAGAAUUAGGUCAAAUAAAUAUAAAAAUAUAAUGUUUGCAUAAAUUUUUAUUAAAUAUCCCCUAAGAAUUGGUUUUGUAUGCAGUCUGGCACAAAGUCAAGUGCGUAUUGUUUGAUCAUGUGUUUACUAUCUUGCUGAGCGAAUUCGAUGUAAAUUUUCCGUUUUUGUAUUGUUUGAGAUACGGUUGACUAAGACAAAGAGCACUUUGCUUGAUUUCGAUGAUAGAGACGUCACUAGAAUUGAAGUUUUCAUAAGGUCACAUGUUGACAAGCCGGUCACGGACUAAAAAAUUGAAUGUAAUCGGCGUAUGCAAUCGCGAGCAUACCAUCUUCAUUCUUCCGUAAAAUCAAAGUUUCCUUUUUAGAGACGACGAGUUCCCUAAAGCAUCGUUUAACACUCCGGAGUUUUCAGUGUUCUCAAUCGACUGACUAAGAUUAUAGGUUCUGUACCCUGUGUAUAUUAAAACUCUCAGAAUAAGACAUUUUUGGAAACAUUUACCGAGGUAAUGAGCUCUUGCGUAGUAUUCCUUUUGACGCAGAGGGCCGUCUGGGUCACACUUGAAAACUUGCUCAAUUAUGAAAUUCCAUUGCUGAGAUAAAUAAAUGCCCACAACGAAAGUUAGCGACGCAUAUGCUCUCGGUCAAUUAAAAAGAUCGUCUCCGACAAGUUACCGCUCUGAAAAGAUCUUUGAUACCGUAUUUAGCUGACGAAUGUUCACGUGUCAUUGUUAUUUCCAAGGUAAAGUCAGGAAAACAUUAGAACUGUUGUCGGGCUUUUCCAUUUCACUUAAAAGUGCUGAUGAUAUUUCCACUGCGGGCGAAGAUGCUCACUUUACUCGCUGCAUUGAAGCCAUUUUCGCUAUCUUGGGCUAAUUUUACACCCCGAUCUACGAUUAUGAAUGCACAGAAGAGGGACCAUAUGAAUAGUAGCAUAUUGCUCAAAUUGCCAGUGCUUUGCCCUUCCCGUUUCUAUAUUACGUAUUAGCAGAAACUAAGUUGCAUCAAAAUGUCUUAUCACAUGUUUAAGAGCCCAGAUGAUCGAUUGAUAAUGGGCCCAUUCACGGUCGCUUAUAUGGUGAAUUCUCAAGUGGCAGCGCAGUAUCAGUGCGUUUGAACAAAAAAUUUCCCGUAGGCGUUAUUGCUGCAUGAAGUCACACAGGUUUACAUAUCCGCCUUUUAAAAAUCGAUGAAGCGUUUGGUUAUCUUAGAACGUCCUGUCUAUUUAAAUCCUUCUUUAUGUGACUUACGCAGAACAAAAAAGAACAAUUUUUCACCGCGGCACGCUUUUGUUCAGUAAAACUCCCUAGGUUGAAGUAAUCUAUCCUAGGGAAAAAACAGGGCCAUAUGCGCAAACCAAGUCAAGAACAGCUAUUAGCAUAGGAAUUUACACGAAAAUAUAUGAGGUAGAUUUUGACUCGAACUUAGACGCACACUCUGCAAAAACAGUGGCGUUGGCAGAUAAGAAGAAUGUGAAGUUUUUUGGGCUCCUUAGGAUGUUUAUCUCAGUUUCCGUCAUCACAUUUCGUGAGUGAUUUCAUCUAUUGUACAUGCGUAUACGUAUAUAGCCGUCGUCAGCCAGUCAUGCCCAAGCCCGAAGUGUGGAACACCCGAGCCUCGAACUCGCGACCUGGCCAUAUAUAUAUAUAUAUAUAUAUGAAUUGAGAGACGGUUAUCCCAAGAGAUUUAAUUGGGAAGAGGAAAUUCUUUGAGAGACUGGAACUUUAUUGUGCAAAUUUUUGAGGCCGGUCCCCAAAGGUCGUCCUCAGACAAUGGGCGUAUAUUUAUAUAGUGAUUGAUUUAUCAUGAUUCCAGACGGCCUCCUGCUUCGCCGAAGGGUUCAGUUCAUCACUGGCUCACUCAGCGUUUCCACUCGCUUUUUGCUUUCUGUAAUAGGUGACAGCAGCAGCAAUAGCAGUAGAACUCCAACCGACCAAAUAUGUGUCUUUUACUGUGCCUGUGAGUGCAGUAAGGCCCUUUCCUUACCUCAGCCUUUUCAUGGCGGCCUUACGUCUUCGUUUAACUAGCUACCAACUUAGUCGGUGAAUACUCAAGGUGGUAGCCGUCCUUAGGUCAUCAGCGCAACAUGACUUAACUUUCCGAGGACAACAAGACUGACAAUCAGUGUGAAUAGACAUGUUCACGGAAUGUGCGACAUGAAUGCCCUCGUGCCAUUUAGCUCGCUUAAUGUCUCUAACGCAAUCAGAAUUGGUCUGCGAAUUCUGUUUCUUCUUCAUCUCGCAUGACUAGUGUCACAGAUUGGACUUCUAGACAGCUACUUUGUAUUGUAUUACUCCCGCAGAAAGCAUAGGUUGAUGGCAAGCACAUCCCCCUCAGUAAGGCAGGACCGUAUACUGAGCAACUUAAAAUAUUCUAACUUGCACCUGAAAAAUUCCUUCAAUUUAGUUGUUUUCUUUGAUUUUGCAUGCAUACAGCCCAUACUUUUCUUUCACUUGUAGGUCAUAUCAAAGUCUUGUAAAAUUAUUCCGGUCAUGGCUAUCGGUUUCCUGCUUCACCGCAAGUCUUACUCUCUUACCGAAUACGUGACUGCCGGUAAGCAGUUACACACUUUUUGUAACUUCUUAUAAACAUGCAUAUAUUUUCAUUUAGAGAGAAAGUAAACUGCUCCAAUAUAGACAUCUGUCUCAUGGUUGCUGUCGGUCGUUAGUAUGCUAGUGUACUUCUUGGGUCCCGGCACUUUUAAAGUUAAUAUCUUUGGCUCCUGACUUUGGAAGGGGUAAUGGUUGUGUAUCUUACUCGACGUCAAUAUGUUGUGCUUUUUUCCCUCACGCAGACUUUACUGUCUGCAUUGGGACCGAAUCUCGUGUCCUAAUUAACACUAGUCUGGAUUUGGGACCCCUCCACCACCUCUCUGCGGUGACAGCCCCCUCCCUUUGCGAUUACGGUUGGAAGUCCUAG